UUGGUCUCUUUUUUAGCGAAGGCGCUGCUCUCUCCGGCCCACCCUCCUCCAACGGUAAGCCCCGCCCCCAGCACACCUGUCGAUCAGCCUCCCUCACCUGCAGGAGCAACAGCUGCUGCUCCUUCAAACCCUCCUCCCACCUCCUCACAUGACCGCAGGGAGAGACAGAGCAGGAGGAGGCGAGGGGAGAGGAAAGCUCGUCCCGCCUCCGACUCGUUCUCCUUGGAGGUGGAGCCUUGCGUCGACGUGUCACGGCUGGAGCUGCGGGUUGGACGGAUCCUCAGCAUCCGCCGCCACCCGCUGGCCGAGGCGAUGUCCGUCCAGGAGGUGGACAUAGGAGAGCACGCCCCCCGAACGGUCGUCAGCAAGCUGGGAACAAAAACACACCUGGAGGAGCUCCGGGGCAGUCUGGCCGUAUUGUUAUGCAACGUUAAGGCCUGUAAGCUGAGGGGCGUGGUCUCUCAGGCCCGCCUCCUCUGUUGCGCCACCUCUGAGGACUUUGCUGAGCUGCUGACUCCGCCCACAGGCUCCACCCCCGGAGACCGAGUCACCUUCCUCAACUACCCAGGUGAGCCGGACCGGGAGCUGCAGUCCAAGCAGAGGGUCUGGGAGCUCGUUCAGCCCGACCUGCAGGUCGACUCGAGGGGCGUGGCCAACUAUAAAGGAUGCGGGUUUGAGGUGAAGGGGAAGGGGCUCUGCAGGGCCCCCUCCAUCACCAACUGUGGCAUCAGAUAGACGCAGCAAGGGGCCACAACAUGCUAAAGACCUGAUGUGCUCCGGAGUGCUUUUAUUUUGAAAUUCCUGCACAAAAUUGAUUUCAUAAUUGCUGUUGUUUAUUGAUUAAACAUUUUAAACCACA